AUGUCCUUCCGCCCACAGCAGUAUCAGCCAACUUGCCUCCUCCCCUCGCCUCCUUGUCUUCCAUUCGGGACCAACCGGCCUUUUGCUCGGUCCCUCUUCUUGGGCUCAGCCCACCACCCCGCUACCAACCGGAUGUUCAACUGUCCUUCCCGGUCGCUGCGGGUGAGCCCCUCCCAGGGGUGCAUAGUCUUCCUCGUGGGUCAGGUGCCGAGCCAUUCCUUUCUUGGACUGGUCUCGACGUCUGUCUCCAUCCGUCCUCCUCGCGAGGUUUUGCAAGCCAUCGGAUUUGUGGUUUUGCUUGGCCUCCCACAGGUCCUGGUCCUGGGUCUCAGCAUACUUGGGUUCGGUAUGCUGCUUUCCCGCCUCCGGACUCUUCUUCCUCCGUCCUUGGAGAUGCCGGCCUUCUUUGCCGUGCUUCCUCUUGGGCUCCGCCGUUGCCUCGGCUCUUCGCGGUCUGCCAAUCCUGGCCUCGUCCUUCCACAGCCCCCGGCUGCUACAGUGUAUUGCCAAUUGGCUGCCUCGCUUGCAAUCGUGACUUUCUCGGCUUCGGCUCUGCGCAUAUCGGUUCAGCGAUACCGCUCUUUCAUGGAGGUUUCGGAUACAGCGUGCCUAACACUUGCAUCGGACGAGCACCCGUGGGUUGCAUGGUGCGCCUCGCACCUGUGCGCAUUUUGCGCUACAGGCGGACGCUUGUGUGCCAGCCCCUUUCUGCAACCGGUUAUCUUUCUUGCCAGGGCUGCGAAUUGUGAUCGCCCUCUCCUCGUCUGGACAGGUACACGAUUCCCCGCGCGCAAGUCGCGGCGCCGCCGCCCCUCGGUGUCUCCAGGCUGGCUGCCUUUUUUGUGCCAGGUUUUGCUUGGACACUCGCUGCCCCUCAGCGUUUGGGCAGCCCCUGGUGGUGCAGAAGGUGCUGCUGCUCUUACGGCUUCCCUUGCCACCCACGGCCCCGUCAGCCACCUUAGUGACAGCGCGGCACUGUCUCCUGCUCUCUCUUCGACUGGUGUGCCGCUUUCGGGCGUCCCUGCGAAUGUCAUCGAUGUUGCCCAGCUAGCUGCAGACUCUGCCGAUCCCAAUCUGCACUGUCUUGUCUUUGCGGCCGGCUACCGCACCGAACACUUGGUCUUGGACGUACCAUGCGACAUCACUGCUGAUGCUCUUGUUGCCCGGGUACAGGUUGCUUCAGCCUUGGUGCAGCGGCUUUCUCCGGCCCACCUUUUCCCGGCACACCCGCAACCUGGACAGGGGUAUGCUAGUUUUGUUGUUGUCCCAGAUUGGGUGCCCGCCGAUCGACGUCAGGUUGUGCUUCUUGAUUUUGCACGGAUGCGCGGCCCUGUUUUUGCACACGUCUUCCACAAUCCCCUUACAUACCGGGAUCUUGUGACAGAGGCUGUUGCACAAACUGACGAGCUCUGGCAUGCAUAUAUACCCAACAGCUUCGAACCCCUUGCUGUUGGCUGCGAAGUCACUCUGUCGAGUGGUGAUGUGAUCAGCUUUUCACCCCGGGAUGUUCCGCUGGCACGGGAUUCAGACCUCACUCUGCUGCUGUCCAGACCCUCGUCAUGGCAGCGUGAGCCCGACCACAUCCUGCUUGAGCGGCCUACUUCUGCCUGGCUUGUUAUCCUGCCGCAGUCCGUGCAAAGUUUCCCUUUCUACGGAACUUUUACUGCCGAUUUGCAACAGGCCAUCGCCGAUCACAUGGACAGUCAGGUGCAGCACAUCAGCUUCGGGCACCCCACUGAGCCACUAACCGACGUGGUGCAUCGCGGGCGGCUCUUCGAUAAAAUUGCUGCCGCUGACCACCGGUCAGAGAACCUGCCUCCCGGCCCCAAUCUCGGGGCGUUUGUGUUCCUUGACGCGAGGCAGUCUGCCCGCGGCCUCGGCUUUUUAUUCGAAGGACAUGGAGCUGUCGUUCCUACCCAGGACGGUGUCCGAGUGCUUGGCUUACGCCCUCCGCGCGGUUUCCGCACCUACGCGGAACACGUUUUCCUUCGACGCGAGGGCCUUCCAGUCGUCGAUGGAUGCGUCUUGGUUCUGGGCUAUGAGUUUGAUGAGGACACAGUUGGCACCGUGCCUGCAGCAGCCGCCCCUGGUGCUAUUGCUAGUGUCACCGACGAGAGGCUCGACAGCGCUCCCUCUGGCGCAGCCGGCGAAGCAGCCUCCCCCUCCCUCGGACCUGCCCCACCGCCGCACAUCGGGUUCCUAGUCCUUAGCCCUCGGGUCGCGCCCAUUACUCUCGAGAUUCCGCUCGAGAUCCCGUGCUCCCCCCAGCACGCUUGUGAAACCCUUGCGUCACAACUGCGGACAAACUUGGCCACCACGUAUGAACAUCUUGUGGUCGCCCAGCCACAACCGGACCGCAGGUUUUGCACUUUCAUUGCCCUCCCGUUAUGGGCCACACAUGUGGUCUGUGUGGUCGUGGAUGCUCGGGCUGUCGACGGGCGGCUCUUUGCCAUGCACUUGGACAGUGGCCUCUUUCCACGCUCCAUCCUUGUCCAGAUCAGCCUCCGACCAUCCCUAGGAUUCCGGGUUAUGCAUAAUGAUUAUGUGCAUCAAGCCCAAGAAGCGAUCUUCCUUUCAAAGGGAGAUGUACUCUUCAUCCUCCCUGCCCGAGCUGCUGCUCCAACCCCCCCCAGGCUCCCAGACAUGUUGUACCAGCUCGACGGCUGGCACCUGCCGGUACCGGACUUUAAGGGAUUCCUGCAAACCCCCUUUUAUUUGCUCACCGAUGCUUGGAACACUGUUGCGGACUUCCCGGCCUCCGCUUCCACCUCUUAUGCAGCACUCAGACAGUUUGCUAUCGCAUUCCUGCGAUACGAGGAUCAUAGAUCCUCCCUUCAGACACUGCACCCACGUGUAGCUGACUACAACUUCCAUGGCAUCGUGUGUCGCGCUGUUCUGAUUGCCACGGAGCAGCCUAUUGGUCCUCCGGUUCCGCCUGCAAGGGCCAGGCCGCCAUGCAUUGCAUAUGCCAUUGAUAGGCGUGCUGUUCUAGCGGACAUUACCUGGCACAUCACUCCCACCGGCCGAGUUGAUCUCGAUGCCCUCAUGCGGGAGUUUAACCAGCACCGUCCGGUUUCUAUACUUCCAUCACAGGCGGUUUGCCAGAAUGCGAAGGCACCAGGACCUUCUUGCGUGUCGACAAUGGCCAGGUGCUGA